CUCAAUGGGAGGAAGGUGGUGUGCAGAGUGGCUUUUGUGCUCUUCCCAGGGUGGAAGUAGCAGCUGGAAGACAAAGAGGAUGGCAAUAAGAGCACUCCGGACACCUGUCAAUAACCAGCAAUGUUGAAAAGAGAAAAAAAUCAAGCCAGAAAUCAAAAUAUUUUCUAUUUCCUUCAGAAAAACACACAAUUCUCCUCCUUCAGCAGCUGUUAGACAAAAGAGAGAAAAUCAAGAAAGAUUUCAAGAUGGAAUAAGCAGAUUAUGCAGAACUCAAGGAUACAUUACAUGAAAAGUGAAAGGAGAUUAUUUUUCAAUCAGCAAAAAUGGUAAAUAUCUGGAAAUCAGUGGGGAGGAAAAGAUCAAUAAGGGAAGUCACGUAGAACAGAGAUGAAUGUAGCCACACCCUGUCAGGAAGAAAAUGGCUUGAAUGAAAGCACCAUUAAACAAGGCAUUAUCCAUAUUUUUGACCUCCUCAAGAAUAUCAGCUGUGGAAAAGCUCCAUAGAUUUGCCUAUUAUGGGAAAAGCACAGAUUCCAAAUCACAGCUGAUUAUGCAACAAGGAGCUAGACAGGAGAAAAGCCAUACACAUUAUCUCAAUGUAGCAAAAACUAGUCAGAACAGCUCCCUUGUGGAAGCAACCACACAAGAGGGAAGUCAUAAAAGUGCUCCCAAUGCAAUAAAUGCUUUAGUGAGCAUGGCAACAUGGUGAUACAUCAGAGGACUCGCUAUAGGGAGAAAACGCAUGACCGUGUAGAUUGUGUGAAAGUUUCAUUAGAAAUUGCCAGGUCAUGAGGCACUAAAGGACUUAUACACAGGAAAAAAACCAUUUGAAUAUCCUUUCUGUGGGCAAAGUUUCAGUGAGAAUUCCAAUCUGGUGAAGCACCCAAGACUCACACAGCAGUGAAACCCAUUGAAUGUCUUGACUGUGGGAGGACUGUGCGUCGUCACAGCAGCGUCACUUGAUGUAUCGUGACUUUUCCCCUUUGCUAAAAUGGGCAUGGGCGUAGCCAGUGUGUGACGCAUCUAGCCAGUAGGCUGCGAUUUUGACUGGCCUGCACUUGAGGAAUCCCAAAGGAGAAAAACCCUUUCAAUGUCCUGACUGUGGGAGAAGUUCCAGUCAUAAUUCCAGCCUGGUAAAUACAUCAGAAGAUUCACUCCAUGGAGAAACCCUAUAAGUGUCGAGGUUGUGGGAAACGUUUCAUUAGAAAUUCCCACUUGAUGAUACACCAGAGGAUUCACAAAAGAGAGAAACCCUUUGAUUGUCCUAUCUGUGGGAAAUGUUUUAGUGAUAAUUCCAUGCUGGUGAGACACCAGAGGAUUCACACAGGAGAGAAACCCUUUCAAUGUCUUGAUUGUGGGAAAUGUUUCAUUACAAAUUCCAACCUCAUGAGACACCAGAGGAUUCACACAGGAGAGAAACCUUUUCAAUGUCUUAUCUGUGGGAAACGUUUUAGAGAUAAUUCCAGCCUGGUGACACACCAGAGGACUCACACAGGAGAGAAACCCUUUGAAUGUCCCGAUUGUGGGAAAACUUACAGUCAAAAUUCCCAACUCAUGAACCACCAGAGGACUCAUACUGGAGAGAAACCCUUUGAAUGUCCAGAUUGUGGGGAAAGUUUCAUUAGAAAUUCCCACCUCAUGAGACACCAGAGGACUCACACAGGAGAGAAACCAUUUGAAUGUCCUGACUGUGGAAAAGGUUUCAAUCAGAAUUGCGAACUCAUGAGACACCAGAGGACUCACACAGGAGAGAAACCAUUUGAAUGUUCUGACUGUGGAAAAGGUUUUAGUCAGAAUUCCCACCUCAUGAACCACCAGAGGACUCACACAGGAGAAAAACCUUUUGAAUGUCCUGACUGUGGAAAAGGUUUUAGUCAAAAUUCCCAUCUCAUAAACCACCAGAGGACUCACACAGGAGAAAAACCUUUUGAAUGUUCUGAUUGUGGAAAAGGUUUUAGUCAGAAUUCCCACCUCGUGAGACACCAGAGGACUCACACAGGAGAGAAACCCUUUGGAUGUCAUGAUUGUGGGAAAUGUUUCAUUACAAAUUCCCACCUCAUGAGACACCAGAGGACUCACACAGGAGGGAAACCCUUUGAAUGUUCUGAUUGUGGGAAAUGUUUCAUUACAAAUUCCCACCUCAUGAGACACCAGAGGACUCACACAGGAGGGAAACCCUUUGAAUGUUCUGAUUGUGGGAAAAGUUUCAGUGAAGAUUCCUAUCUUGAAAUACACCAGAGGACUCAAACAGGAGAGAAACCCUUUGAAUGUUCAGAUUGUGGGAAAAGUUUCAGUCGAAAUUCCUAUCUCAUGGAUCACCAGAGGACUCACACAGGAGAGAAACCCUUUGAAUGUCCAGAUUGUGAGGAAAGUUUCAUUAGAAAUUUCCACCUCAUGAGACACCAGAGAACUCACACAGGAGAGAAACGCUUUAAAUGUCCUGACUGUGGAAAAGGUUUCAGUCAGAAUUCCCACCUCUUGAGACACCAAAGGACUCACACAGGAGACAAACCCUUUGAAUGUCCUGAUUGUGGCAAAAGUUUCAGUCAGAAUUCCCACCUCAUCAACCACCAGAGUACUCACACAGGAGAGAAACCUUUUGUAUGUCUUGACUGUGGGAGAAGUUUCAGUCGAAAUUCCCACCUCAUCUAUCACCAGGGUACUCACACAGGAGACCAAUCUUUUGAAUGUCUUGACUGUGGGAAAAGUUUUAAUCAGAAUUCUUACCUGGUAAUACACCAGAGGACUCACUCCAUGGAAAAAUCUUUCUAAUGUCCAGUCUGUAGACAUUACUUCAAGCAUGUUUUUGUUGUUCGUUGCGAAGUCGUGUCCGACACAUUGCGACCCCAUGGAUAACGUUCCUCCAGGCCUUCCAGUCCUCUACCAUCCUCUGGUGUCCAUUUAAGCUCACGCCUACUAUUUUAGUGACUCCAUCCAGCCCCCUCGUUCUUUAUUGUCCCCUUCUUUCCCAGCAUUAGGCUCUUCUUCAGGGAGCCCUUCCGUCUCAUUAGGUGGCCAAAGUAUCUGAGUUUCAUGUUCAGGAUCUGGCCUUCUAAAGAGAAGUCAGGGUUGAUCUCUUCUAGGACUGACCAGUUUGAUCGCUUUGCAGUCCAAGGGAUUCGCAGGAGUCUUCUCCAGCACCAUAGUUCAAAGGUCUCAAUUCUUUGGCGCUCAGCCUUUCUUAUGGUCCAACUUUUACAGAAUUUUCACUUCAAGCAUGAACCGUCCCUUAUUGCACACAAGGAAAUCCAUAUGGGAAAAAGUAGGUGAGUUUAGAGAAGUCCUGAAUUUCAUUUCUGAUCUCCCAUUGAAAGUGUAGGUGAGAAAUUGACUAUUUGAAUUCUGGCCUGAUUCUUUUUACUCAAACUUUUCUCAGGAUUAAAUUUGUAGGUGGAGAGAAAAGGAAAGCGGAAAAUGGCUAACUACCAGAUUCUGGUUAUCAGGAGAAUCUUCUGGAUAUUUCCUUUUGCAGAAGAAGUAGAAUUCCUCAAAAAGGAAUUUUGGAUGGAGCUUUUGUAUUUUCAUUAUGAACCCACACGUGGAGUUUCAAUCUUCUAACUUGGUUUCACCCAGAUUUUAACCCCAGAAUUCCCUAGCCAGCAUAGAAGUAGUCCUCAAGAUACAACUAUUAUGGGACUUGCAAUUAUGAUUGCAUGUUGCAACGGCCGUUAAGUGAGACCGCUUUUCUUAACUGCCCGAGGCAGCUAUUAAUUGAAUGUGCAAGUCACUAAGCAGAACACUGGCUACCUCGAUGCAGGGGAAAACUGUUGGAAGCCUAGCUCAGCAUCAUGAUGCUUGCCUGCCAUAGGCAUCCCUAAACCUUCCCAACCCUCCAAGACCCCCUGUGCUCUGUUUCCUAUCCCUUGUGUCCCCUCGGCCCUUCACUCCUCCACAUGGUCCUCCCACUCCUUUCCCUCCUCCCCAGGGUCCCCACAGGCCUCCUUUCCCCAAGGAUCUCCUUAAGCCUGACUCUAUCCCUCCAGACUUCAUACCCUCCACCUCCUUACCUUUGGAAGAUCUCUGAUCCUCAUGUUGGGGAAGGAGGGGAGGACACACAUCCCUGGGACAUAUGACUGUGUCAUGGAAGCGGCUAUCAUUUUCAGUGGGCCCUGGAUUUGUCCCUGGGUCAGGCAGUGGACUUGUGGAAGCGGCUGCUAUUUUGCCACAGUUUGCACUGUUGCACAGAAGAUGGACAAAACUCUGUGUUUGGCUACCUUAACAUGAGGGGGAAAAUGUACAGUAGAAAAUGUUCUUUUUUAAAAAAAUGCAUUAUAUUACCUUUAUCAGUAGCUUUUAACAUGUAAAAAUGGUUAUUGUCAGUGUUGCUAUGAACAUUAGGGCAAGGCAAAAUGCUCAGAUUUACCUCAAACUGUGAAAGUUUAAUAAUGAAUGAAUGUAAUAGGUAAUGUAAAGCUCAUUUCCCAACUCUUGCUCAGUGGUUGAGGACUCCACACAUACAGUGGGUUUUUAAUGCACUAUAAUUGUUAACUUGUAAUCUCUCUCUUCUGCAUUUUGCAUCUCUAAGGUCUCCAUGAUGGAGACAGUGGGUAGACACAAAUAUCUCAAAACGCCUGGUGGUGAAUUUUUUUAACAAGAAGAACUUGGCUGAUCAGUCUGAAAGCUGCUCCGGAGUGUGGGACUCUAGAGUAUUUGGAGAUGCCUAUGCCCCCCUCUUGAUUCUUCAGGGGUUGUGUCAAGAGAACAAGAGGUAAUAGUACUGCUUCACACUAUGCUAGUCCUAAAUCCUUGGGAACCACAGGAAAUCAGUCAUAAAAGUUUAGGAUCUAGAGAGGUAAUCUUUACUGAGAGCCAAACCCCUACAAAAGUGCAGGAAUCUAUUGAUAGGCUUUCAAUCUGCAAACUAACACCCUCCAAAUAUUCUGCUCAGGAAUACUCAGGUCUGAUUUCUUACUCUGGAAAUUGGGAAGACUGCUCUAGCGAGAUUCACUCCCCAAUAAUACAGAUGGGGAAUUAAUGUUGCAUGUUCCUUUAUUCUAUUAAUGGAAUCAAGCUAGCAAUAAUUUAGGGAUUCUGCACACAAAUAAGUGCUUGAUGAGCUUUUAAGGCCCAGAAACUGGUUAAUGUUGAAAAGCUAAGUACAGUCAAGGUUCCAUCUUCAGGUUUCUGUCUCUUGCAAAACUAAGUGUUCAUGAGUUGUUCUGCGCACGCACACCCCACAAUAAAUAAGUGGCUGGACAAUCUUCACCAAUCCUUAAAGGAGGUGUGCUUUGACUGCUGUAUGCAUAUAGUGCUCCCCGCUUCUUUCCCUUGAUGUGGUCUUCGCUUCUUGCAUGGGGAGCUUCUUGCUCUUUUUCUGUGCUGAUGAGUGAAUCCUUGGGAGGCCUAAACAAAUAAAUUAGGAACAAUCAUCAUGGAGAAAUUCUAUUGAUGGGAUAACUGGAGUGAAAAAUGACUAGAUGGUGCAUAAUCAAUGAAAAAAAUCAUGCAGCUGCAUUAGGUAGAGAUGGAACUACGUGGUUUUUUUUUAAAAAAAAUUUUUUUUGAUUUAUAUGCCGCCCUUCUCUGGAGACUCAGGGCGCGUUACAAUGCGCUAAGCAAUAGCCUUCAUUCUUUUGUAUAUUUAUACAAAGUCAGCUUAUUGCCCCCACAACUGGGUCCUCAAUUUACCUACCUUAGAAAGGAUGAAAUUUGAGUCAACCUUGAGCCUUGGCGAGAUUCGAACCUGCAGUAAUUGCAGGCAUCUGGUCUUAAUAAUCAGCUUAAUAACAGGGUGCCUUAGACCACUGUACUACCAAGGUUCUUUUAAGUUUAAGUUUAAAACUUAAUUAAGUUUUCAGCUUAAUGUCAUUAAAUGGCACACUACAGAUAAGCAAUGGCCACAAUAGAAAACUGUAGACUAGAGUACAGGAAAACAUUGGUAAUUGAGGCCAAAAGAGUUGGCCUCAAAAAAAAAGAGUUUAAACAUUUGAACAGUUGAUUCCAAGAGAGGAUUUGGAAGAGAAAAGGAGAACAGCAGGAGAGCUUCCUCUUUCGGCUCUCCGCUGCGAUGGGUGAGGUAGGAAGGGAGGCCUCCUGGUCUUCCCAGGGUGGAAGCAGCAGCUGAAAGGUGGUGGAGAGCCAGAAAGCAAGUAGGGCUGUUUGGGUUUCCCCAGGGUGUAAAAACGGAGACGCAACGAGGCUGAAACAUGUCAGCUGCUACAUAUUCCUUCCCUCCCCAGAUUGUAUUCCACAGAUGAUGCAUACUUUAAAACUAGUGCUUGAGUUUUUCUUUGUGUUGGGAGUUUUAAAAGGUCUCCUUCAUGUUAAGGCUGACUCCUUGUAAUUUUAUGGGCACAUUCGUUUUUUGGCAACAAUUUGGAACUGAUCUGCCAGUGCUGUCUUCAGGAAUUUUGUUUUUACUUCUAUAUCUAGCAAACAAACACAGGGUUUUCUGGUGGUGUGCCAUCCAUAGACUAACAUGGCACAACUGUGCUUAACCCACAACUUUUUAAAUAAGUCAUUAUUGAGCCCAUUUGUGAAGUCCUGUUUUAUAGGUAGACCUACCUUAUGACUUAUCACUCAGUCUUCAAAGCUACAUUCACAACUGACUUCUAACAUACAAAAUGAAUUGGAAAUUGACAGGAAGCUGCAAGUCACAGCCAUGUUUACACUGCACUGAGGAGACCACAGUGAUUCACUUAAUGACCACAGCCAGAACAGUUGUUGUAAGUUGGCAUAGUUAUGUGAUGUCAUAGUUAAUGACUAUGCCAUUUAGGAAUGGACUUGCUGGUCCCAGUGAGGUGAGGACUACCUGAAUUGGGUUGUCAUCAGUGUGAUUGUGGACAGUAUUUCUUGCCUAUUUCUUAUUUGGAAUGGUGGACUUCCAUGGGCAAGCAUGGUCCUUUCAAUUUUACCGAGGCUCUUGAGAUCAUUUCAUCAGUUAAUCCACCCACCCAUCUACCCCCACCCCUCUACAUUUAGAUCGAAAAGUGUGAGUUUAUCCACAUAUAUGUGUAUAUGUAUGAUCUGUCCCCAGCACUUCCAGAAUCCAGAUAUAUUUAACUCUUUGCAGUUCUAUGAAUUUGUGAUUGAUCCAAGUCAGUAAGUAAAUUUCCCAAUUGAAUGGGUAUUUGAAUGUAAGGGAUUAAAUUAGCAUUUUGGCAUCUUUGAUAUGUUUUACUGUAAUAUACAUGCUUUUGGCUCUUAUAUUUUUUGAAAUGUUGUGUAGCCAUUUUAUAAACCAUAAUUAAACUAACCCUUUUAUGUGAAUCUUGCAGGCAAAAGAAUGCCAGUGAGAGCACUGUGGAGAACUGAGAAUCACAAGCAGCCUUAAAAUGCCCAGGAAACCAAGGCAGCAAUCAAAAUCUUACUAGUUCCUCUGGAAAACCCCAAAACUCUUCUUCCCCAGCAGGUAACAGACAAGGAGAAAAAAACUAAGAAAAGAGUUCUGAGCUGGACAAAAUAGAGUUUGUGGAAGAAACAUCAAAAUAUCAAGGGAGAUCAAUUCCUAGUUCAAAAAAAAGGGAAAUAGCUGGAAGUCAGUGGGAAGGAAAAGGUCGCUUGGACAGCCACAUAAGGCAGACAGUAAUGCAGGUCUCAUUCUGUGAGGAAGGAAACAGUAGCUUGAAUCAAAGUCCAUCCAAGAAGUAAUUCAGAGUAUUUUUGAUAUCCUUGUUAGUCCAAGAAUAUCAGUAGUGGAAAAGAUCUACAGAUCUGACUAUUGCGGGAAAAACCCAGAUAUUGUAGAUCACAACUGAUUAUGCCCGAGAGGAUCGACAUUGGAGGAAAGCCAUAUCAGUGCUCCCAAUGCAAACAAAAGCUUUGGUCAGAAGAGCUCCCUGGUUUUUCAUGGAUGGACUCACACCAGAGAGGAGCCAGUUCAAUGAGUAGAUUUUGUGAGUAAAAAGAUCCAGGUUGGUGUAGUGGUGAAGGCACCAGGUUAGAGACCAAUAAAUACUCAGUUCCAGUUCUGCCUUAAAGUGUGAAACCAUCUGUGCAACUUUUGGACAAUCCUAUCAGGCCUAGGUCUAAAAGCAGCAAAGGAAACGGCUUGCCUAACUUAAAAGGCACCAAAACCAAACAUCUGGUGUAAGGCUCAAGGAUGCUGGAUGAAAAGCCCCCAUCCAGCAAAAACAAAAACGAAAGAAAGAAAAGAGUUAGGGUUAGGUCAUAAAUUAGUGUUAAAAUUUAGCAGUAGGUCAGACAUAAGGACACCUUCCAUAAACUAUGGAAUAUUGAGAAGCAAAAUGUAUGUCACGAUAGGUAGGUAGGCUGUCUGGGGGACAUUUACCCUGUAAAUUACAGCAUGAUACCCUGUGCUUUGUAUGCCAUUAUGUGUUCCUGAAUGAAAAGGAAAUCAAUAAAAUUUUGGGGUUA